AGAUCAAAUACCCCACAAAUUACCAACAUCAAACAAAAACAAUUCCAUCAGAAAAGUAAUCAAGGGAAAAAAAAUCUGAAGAUCCAAAUCCAAUCACCGGAAUAACCCAUUUCUCCGGUCGAAAUUCCAUUUUUUCCGGCGAAUUACUUCAAAUUACAGACACCCAUUUGCCAUACUCAGAUCUUCAACCACCUUAAACAGUCAAUAAUAAUGAAGGUAGUUUUGGAGAAAAAAGAUGCAGGUGAUUGGUGUUACAGAGGGGAAGGAGCAAUUAAUUUAGUUCUUGCAUACUCUGGAUCAUCUCCUACCUUUAGUGGAAAAAUAAUACGGGUGCCAAAGGUCCCUAGGAAUGGGUCAAUAAAAGAGACUGAACGCUCGGUUUUGUCUGAGCAUGAAUGCAGCUUAUGGAAAGAUGUUGAAGCUAUUGUUACAUCCCCAAACAAAGAGGUCGCUGAGCAGAUGUAUGUGCAAUGUGUGAUGAUCCCACUGUUAGGAUCAGAGUUUGUUGAUCCUGGGGUAAAGAUUCUUGUAUCAAGGGAAUUUCUGGAAUUGGUUGAAAGAAAUGUUCUCUCCCAGCGCCCUGGUUGGAGAGUUAGUGCUGCCAAUGUGGAUUGCGGUGCUGAUUCUGUGCUGCUAAUGUCAGAUCAUUCAGUAUUCCCCCAAGGCACAUCUAAAGGAAAACCAUGCCUGUCCGUGGAAAUUAAGCCCAAGUGGGGAUUUCUUCCAUCUUCGAGCUUUAUAGCUGAUGAAAAUGCCAUCAAGAAGAAUGUAUCUCGUUUUAAAAUGCACCAAGUCCUUAAAUUGCAACAACUUCAGAUACAGCAAUUGAGCGAUUAUGACCCAUUGGAUUUAUUCUCUGGAUCAAGGGAGCGAAUACAUAAAGCAUUUAAGGCUCUCUUUGCAAAUCCACAGAAUAAUCUGCGGGUUUUUCUAAAUAGCUCCCUAAUAUAUGGGGGCAUGGGGGGUGGUGACCAAGGGACAGAUUUUGUUAAGGUUGAGGCAUUUGAAGAUAAUCUUAAAUCUUUCUUGCAUGGAGAAAAUGGUUUGCGUAAAAGGAAUUUUGUGCAUCUUGUAGGAGAGGCAAUACUUAAAUCCGGUGUACUAGACAGGCUACUUGAAGUCCAAAAGCUUGACAAAUUUGAUGUGGAAGGGGCAAUUCAUGCUUAUUAUGAUAUUGUUUCCCAGCCUUGCAAGAUAUGUAAAGAUUCCGGUGAAGACAGGCAAUUAGGAAAGUAUAGCUCUCUGCAUUCAAUCCCUGUAGAUGAAAGUCUGAAGAUUGUAAGGGACUACUUGAUAGCUGCAACAGCCAAGGACUGUAGUUUAAUGAUUAGUUUCCGUCCAAGGGAAGAUGAUGAUCAAGAAUCACACUAUAGGACAAUAUACCUGGAUUCAACAAAGCAAAGGUUUGAUGUCAAGGUUUUUUUUAUCGACCUUGAUAUGAAACCCUUGAAUAAUAUGGAAUACUACUAUGAGUUGGAUCAGAAGAUAGUCAACAGUUACAAGCAGAUGGUCAAAGUAGAGCGUGGUGCUGCAAAUGGGGGAACCAUUGAGGGGUAUGAAACUGGAUAUUGA